CCACCCCCUCUCCCUUCCUUUCCCGGCGUGCGCGCGCGGGUCUUCCUCCUGCACGCGCCGCCGCUAGCCGGGCACUCUCGCCGAGUCUCUGGCCCGCGCGUUCCUUUUCCCCUCCGGCUGCGGAGCGGACAGGAUCCUGCACGGCGGUCGCGGCAGUAGCUGCAGCCCCGGCAGCCGCGAGGGGCAGGAGCAGCGCGCGAUCCCCCAGGCGGACCGUACCACCGCCCGUCAGCACGCAGGGGGAACCUCCCGCCCCGCCACACUCGCCUCGGCGACCCCGCGGGGCUGAGGCGUCGCCGCGCCCGGGAGCGUGAUCGCAGAGCCGGCCUCGACCCGGAGCUCGGAGCCCCGCGGGCCGCGCCCGCCGCCGGCCCCACCCAUCCGGGCCGUGGAGGCUGCGGCCAUGGCCGAGACGGAGGAGCGGAGCCUAGAUAACUUCUUCGCCAAGAGGGACAAGAAGAAGAAGAAGGAGCGGAGCAGCCGAGCCGCGAGCGCCGCGGGCGCGGCGGGCGGCGCCGGCGGGAGCAGCGGAGCCGCGGGCGCGGCGGGCGGCGGGGCGGGCGCGGGGGCCCGACCGAGCGACAGCGGGACCGCGGGCGCGGGGGCCGCGGGCUCCGGGGCCGCCACCAAGGCCGUGACUAAGGAUGAAGAUGAGUGGAAAGAAUUUGAACAAAAAGAGGUUGAUUACAGCGGCCUGAGAGUUCAGGCGAUGCAAAUAAGCGAAAAGGAAGAAGAAGAUAAUGAAAAAAGAGAAGAUCCAGGUGAUAAUUGGGAAGAAGGUGGAGGUGGUGGUGGUGGUGUCGAAAAGUCUUCGGGUCCCUGGAAUAAAACCGCUCCGGUACAAGCACCUCCUGCUGCAGUAAUUGUUACAGAAACCCCGGAACCAGUGAUGACUAGUGGUGUGUAUAGGCCCCCUGGAGCCAGGUUAACCACAACGAGGAAAACACCGCAAGGCCCACCGGAAAUCUACAGCGACACACAGUUCCCGUCCCUGCAGUCCACUGCCAAGCAUGUAGAAAGCCGGAAAUACUGAGCCUUCGUAAGGGCUGACUACCUCAGGUUUGCUGCACUCGUCGCGGACUUCAUGUGGAUCACUGCUCUGGACACGAAGGUUACAGCUAGUAAGUGUCGGUGUGAAGCCUGAAACCAGCUCUCCUGGACUCAUCAGAAAUCCUGCAGAAAGUCAGCCAUCUGGGUUCUGAUCUGCUGUAAAAGAUGAAGAUUUAAGUGACCUUAAUUAACCUGUCCUGUGCCCCACCCUUAAGGCAUACUCCGUAGUGGGCUGUGUUAGACUUCCUGGCACAUGCCGCUCUCAAGAGAACUCUGUGUUCAGAUAAUCUGUGUAGAGCUGUGAUUUUUAUAAUUUAAACUUUGAGUUGUGUCCUGAGGUAACCGUAAGUUAAAUUCAACCAAACUUGGGUCCACCCAGUGGGACAGAGGGUGGGGAGGAGUGAUCUUAUUUCUUUUAGUGAUUUUUUUUUUUAAUUUGGGUAGUGCUUUUUCUGUGUUCCACAUUAAGGCCUUUUUUCCUCUUUUUUUUUUUUUUUUGACUUGGAGUAAGUUCUUUGACAGCAUAUUGCUUGGUUGAGUAAGUAACCUGAAACAUGCAUUAGGAUUGUGAAACGUCUCGUGAAUUUGCCAAUCCCUGGAGUGGAACCAAAUAGGUUAUAAAGGGCAGUGGAUGCAGGGGGCUCUACUUCAGGUGCUGCUAAAGCCUCCUCCGAUCAGGUCUACACUGUACGUGAACUGCAGUGGAGAGAGUGAGUUCUGCUCAGGCCACGUGAUUCGCUGACCUGCCCUUAUAAAUUCAGAGCAACGGGAGCAGAGCCUUCACCUAAAACCCACUUAGGUUUCCACGGAUCUUGCAUGAUCUUUGACAGGAUUUCCAGAUAGAUUUGUACCCAAAAUUUUAAGGUAUUGGACAUUCUGCAGAUGCAGUGACUGUGCCAGCCAGCUUUCUUCUCAACCUUCUGGUACGUCUUAUGUUCAUCUGAAGAGUCAGGUGAGAGACAGGUGACAUAGCACUUGUGUUUUUAAUAAUUACAGCUUAAACUGUCCAGUAAUUUUUAGUCCUUAAUGGGACUUCAGGAAGCUACCCAGGAUUACUGAGAAGUCUUUCCAUCUAAUGAGAUAGUCUGGUAAUAUACUAGUUUUGUAUCUUUGGUUCAGUAGGAAUACUUUAAAGUGGUAUGUGACCGCUUGGUGCAGAGUCUGGGUUUCUCUCUAAUAAAUCCCUUUGCCAAAUGCAGGAGUUGCAGACUUGCUACUGGCAAGAGUGAAGCAAAUGAGGGAGUGACACUCUUCCUGUUGGGGGGGCAUCUCCUCUGGGAGUUUAGUGUGGACAAAAGUGUCAGUGCAGGAAUCAGCUCCUGGGAGUUGACAGUAUCUCCUGACAGGACCUGCCCACCACACCGGGGCCACCGUGGCGUCUGAGGCAGCAGGCAGGACGCCUGGCCUCCCGUGUGUUGGGGCGAGUGGCUGAGCCAGCCAAGGAGAGGUUGGAUGAUUAAGCAAGAAACCAGGGAUUGUUGGUUAGACUGAAGACUUCAUUUGGGAACCAAAAAUCUUAAAUAAUCUGUUGGACCUUGAGCCACAUAUUUCCCCUAAAAAGUACGCAUUUUCUUUUCCAGCAAAAUUUUGUUGGGGGUUAUGUUAUUGAGGAAUGAACUGAGAUGAACAUGCGGAACUUUUAUUUCAUGGGAUAUUUACUAGAAAUCUGAAGACCUGCAGGAGAUACAAAGUUCCAACUCUUGUUAUAACUUUUUAAAAGAUUGUGAAAUUAUAAAGAUGCACAUGAAUCAAGUUUUAAUAUACUGUAUGAUGGGUGGGUGAGGCUGUCCAUUGUACCAUUUCUUUCUUUGAAUUCUCAGGCAUGGUUUGGCAGUGCAGGAACUCUGUAACAUUAACAAAUUCAAUAAAAAGUAAAUAUAUGGA